AAUGAGUUUCAGAGGUUGGAGAGCUGAAUAUAAAUAAUGGCAAUACAUGUCAAAUAACCGCAAUUUUGGGUUAAAAGAGAAUCUCUGAGGGAACUAAGUGUUUCAGUAAUCAGCAAUGGCCUCAAGACCAAGAUCGUUUUCCAAGAGUGGUGAUUCUUUAUAUCAACUAUUGGGUGUGCCAAAAACAGCCUCUAGUGAUGAUGUUAAGAAAGCAUAUAGAAAGUUGGCAUUGCGAUGUCAUCCAGAUAAGAACCCAGAUAAUGAGGAGGCACUUGAAAAGUUUAAAGAAAUAAACCGAGCUCAAUCUAUAUUAAUGGACAAUACUAAAAGAGGCAUUUAUGAUAGAUAUGGGUCAUUAGGGAUAUAUGCUGCUGAUCAAUUUGGAGAAGAAAAUGUUAAUACAUAUUUGGUGCUAACUAGUGGCUGGUGUAAGGCACUUGCAAUCUUUUGUUGCUUUCUCACGGGUUGUUAUUGUUGUUGCUGUUGUUGUUUAUGUUGUAACUUCUGUUGUGGAAAGUUUCGGCCUCAGGCACCGGAAGAUGAAGGUGAUUACGCAAACCUGCAUGAGGAAAACAGUACACCAGAAGAUGGUUCACCUAUUACUUCCCAACCUGUUACUGCCCAACCUGGUACUGCCCAACCUAUUCCCAUGCCAAUGCCUGCUUCCAAUGCAACAGAUGAUACCACCGAAAAUUCCAGUUUAAAUAAAGAUGUAAAGCCUACUUAUGGAGGUGCUGAAGUCAAAUCUGAUCCUUUAAGUAGCUGAUAAAUUCAUAAAAUAGAACAAAAUAAUAAAGAGUAUUCUAUAUAUAUAUUGUAAAUUUGAUGUAAUUUAACUCUAUUGGUCACAUAUACAUGUACCAGUACAUGAUUUGAGGUAUAUUAUACUCUACACAGGACAGGCUAUGGAUUUUUGAGAAAUCCAAUAACGUUUUAAUUAAUUUUUUGGUGAAUGUUCUACGGUUGCUAUUUUCAAAGAUAGGUUGCCAGACAGGUAUGUCAAUCAAGCAGUCCACAAGAGUUGUCAGGUUGUCACUUAAUUAUUCUUUUGUAGCUAAUGGGAAAACUCUUUACUUUUAAUUUUUACAGUGUUUAUGUUCAUGAGAUGAACAGGGCCUGCUCUGGAGAAAAGUUUCAUUAGCCAAAAUUUGGAACAUGUUUCAUAUUAUUUUCGGGCAAAUUCUCGGCAAAAUGACAGUAGAGCAUCAUUGUCAUAAAACCAACUCCACUGGCCCGAUUGUGGACAAUUGAUUAUCCAGUUGGCAACUAUGUUAUGUUAAAGUUAUGCGCCUGGAUAACAUUUCUUUUAUUUUCAUUUGAAACAAUGGCUGCCGAUAAUCAGGAUAAUAAAUCCUUUGUAUGUAUCGUUGCAUCCUUACUAGCCAAAAGGGAUUUCUGUUCGCCCAUGUGAAUGAAUUUUUUGCCAUUGGCGAGCAGCCAGGGCUGGCCCUGGAUGAAAAAGAAGCCUAUUUAUUUUCAGCAAUUUCCAAUAAUUACUGUCAAAGAUUUAGCCCUUUAUCAAUUUGAUUGUUACUCAGUUUUUAGUGUCUUGGACAUGCUCCCAUUACCUGCUUGGAUGACUUAACUACUGUGGGCACACGCUUUGCUGCCUGGCAACUUAUCUUUAAACUUAAAAUCACAUCAUUUAUUUUAAAUCUGGACAUCUUUAUUAUAUAGUAUUCUGACCUAAAUUAAAGUUAUUGAAAGUAAUUUCAAGGAUUUUAAAUCUCUAUUUUAAAGUACAAUGUUAUGAGAAUCUCUAAAAGGAAAAUUGGUCCAACAAUGGCUCAGUUCUGGUCAGUACUUACAAAGAUAUGCGACAUCCUCUGCAGAUGAUAUAAAUAGGAUAUGGUCAAAAACGUCGCCAGUAAUCUUUGCUAAAAAAAUUUGAUGACUUUGUUUUUAAUCCCUUUGACUCCAAUCUUCGAGAUUAUCUACAGUUGAAUUUUUAAUUCUGUUUCUCAAUGUUAAACAAGCAAUUUAAGGGCACUUUAGUGUGAAUUAAGCCAUGGAAAAUUUGAUAUUUUACAGAAAAUGCAAAUGAAGCACAGAGACUUUUAAGAUUUAAAUUUGCAACUUUUUUGUUUAAAAGUUAUUUUUUUUAAAAAGAACAAUAUCUUGGAAAAAUUAUUGUAGGUUUUUAAGAAGAUAAAUAUAGCUAUGCUAUCAAAUUAAAAUCAGAUUAUAAUUUAUUACUGAUUACAGCACCAAAUAUAAAACGAAACAGAACUGACUUCUGUUUAUAAUUGAUUUCUAAGACAUUUAUUGAUAAAAUAUUAAUAGUAUAUAUCUAUCUAAAUUGUACAAUAAAAACAUGGUUUUGAAUUUGAUGGUCAUGGAAUAUAACAUAUCAAACCUAUUGUACAUUAGUACACAUUUCAUUAUUAUAGAGUAAUUAGCCAUGACAUUUCCACAUUUAAAACAGAUGAUCCAUAAACAGCUUAAACAGAGAAAAUGCACUAUUGUACCUAAAAGAUGCGGGGAUUUUUUAUUUUGCAUUCUAGGUAAUUAAAUCUGACUGAUAAAUUUUUAAUUGGAAAGGUAAAUGUGAUCUUUGCUACUACGCAUUGUUUAAAUUUUACAUCAUAUCAAGUAAGAUGUUAUCUGGGACCUAUAUUAAUUUUUUGAUCAUUACCUGUUGUAGGAUAUUAAUGUUGUCAGAACAGUUGUUGUUUAUCUUCUUGUCUUUUUUUACAAUUAGUUAUGUGUUUUACUGUUUCAAUAUUUCUACCACAUUUCAAUCAAAUUUAAAGAGGCAUACUCCUUAGUGAUAAUCAUUAUUUCUAAUAAAAGCCAGAAAUUCAGUUUAAAUGUUAUUAAGAUUUUAAAUUAUAAAGAAUUUCUAUGUAUAUGACAUUAUAAUGGAUAUAAUUGAUCAUUGCUAUUGUUUAUGUAUUAUACUAAUUUUAACAAUAUGAUUAUUGUACAUAUAUAUAUUCUUAAUUUAAUCCAUCUGUACAUCAUCUAUAUGUACAUGUAUGAUGGGUGAUGUACUGUUAUAUAAAGAUGUGAUAUUGAUACUACUGUGUGAACCAUCGUAAAUUUUAACCGCAUUUCUUCGAUUAUGAACAAACUACUUAACUUUCGUUAUUAUAAACUUACCUGUGUGUUUGAAAUCAACUCCCAUCCAAUAAAAUCCAUUGCACAACUAAAUAUCCCAACAUAUUAAAAAGUUCUCUCUUGACAAAUUUGACUAUUUUACUUGUAUUUUCGACUGAGUAGACGACAACAAUGUUUUCGUUACGUGUUGGACGACCCCAUUGCAGCUGUUGUGGGGGUGGUUUAAUUUUGACAGAUAGUUUGAUAACCAAGUGUUCCAAUGAAAACAAAGCGGAUUUAUAUUGAAACCAUGGACCGUAUAAUUUUUCAACCCAAUAAGUAUUCAUAUCCGGUAGUGACGAAUUUCUCCAGUUUAGUACUUUGAAAUUUCCAAAUGCAGCAGUUGAAACUUGUGGAAUGAUCGAUUUCAAUAUUUUCGUAGUUUUUGUAAGCAUUUUGGUUUUGCUAAAUACUCCAAAUUCCCGCAUCUACGUAGGAUUUUUAAAUUAUGAAAAUAAAGUUCAGGUAUAAUACUGUCCGGAAUGAUGAUUAAUUGUGCAGAAGUAAAAAUUAAAAGAAUGUUUUAGUAGGUUUGUUUUUAACGAAAACUCGACAUGUUUUUUUCGAAUUCACAUGGGCGCGUCCGAAGUAAACAAAGACGAUGUGUUGAUACAUUUACUACAUUUAUAGUAGUCUAUCUAUGUAUGGGUUGCAAAGAAAAAAAGAGUAGCAAGAUUAAUAAAAAAAUAUUAUGAAUUGAUUUAUGUGUCUUUGCUUUUAAACUUAAUACUGGUAAUUGCGCGAGGGGAGGUAAUUUUAUUUUAGUCACGAUUGUCCGGUCUUUUUUUGUGUCGGCACAUCAUUCUAAAGGUUUCGUGGACGUUUCCUGUUCAUCUAUAUACACGGUCCAUAUUGAAACCAUUGAUCGCCAGUCUAUCUAAUUUUAUUCACAAUGAAAAUAUCACUGAUACUCGUGAAAAUAUAAACUAAAAAUGUGUUAUUAAUUUAUCAUAUUAAAGAUAGUCAUGGGUUAUCUUUAAGGCCCAUAAAACAAAUGUAAUUGUUUUUUUGCAGCAUAUGUGUUCAAAAGAAAAUUAUCUCAUCCGAGUAGCUAAUCAAAUAAUUAAAACAAAAUAUUUGAAAAGGUAAAGUUAUAAAAUUUGCAGAGAAUUUACUAGAAUGUAAAAGACAGCAAUAAAAUAAAAGAAUACGGACAGGUGUGUGAAUGUCCAAACUCAAUGCCGAGCCGAGAUUUGUAGCUUUUUCUUAAACCAAACUUGAAUUGUCGUAAAAGUGCCGAUUUGCUAUACUGUCACCCCUUAUACAAAAUGAUAUCUCCCGGAGAGUGACGUAAUCAGCUUCCAUAUUGGUAUUUUUCUGUGUCAAAGUUUGUGGGAAUUCAAUUUUUCAAGAGAGGUGUUUUUUAUUCGUUGGGAUAAUUAGUUGUGCAGUGGAUUUUAUUUAACGGGAGGUGAUUUCAAACACACAGGUAAGUUUAUAAUAACCAAAGUUAAGUAGUUUGUUCAUAAUCGAAGAAAUCCGUUUUAAAUUUACGAUGGUUCACACAGUAAUAUGUAAAUCAUGAGGAAUGGUUCUACUAAUUAUUAAGACUGGCUAGGUAUUAAAGUGAUGCUCCAUUAUGUUCUGUAUUCUGAACAAAGAUAGGUAAUUGUGACAGUUACAAGUACUCAGCUGCCCCUGUUCAUGCACUGGUAUUAAAAAAUAUGUUAUUGAUGUUACCAAUACUACCAGAUCUUUAAUAUGGUAAUAUUAGUGGUGUUGAAGUUAACUGUUAGUGGUUUUACUACCUUUUGCACUUGACAGUUGCUAGUUCUAGUUCCAUCAGUGAUGUCAUGAAUGCAAUCUUCAAUUUUGUGUGGUAUUUGAACGGCAGGGUCUAGAAAGUUUUCAACUGUUGAUUGUAGAAGUUGUCAUCGUUAUCUAUCUGUUAUAAUCAGUGCUCACUCUGGGUUUCAUUUUUUUCCCGCCAAUUUCUCAUUUUUAUUUAUUAGCCAUAUAUUUUUUCCGCCAAAAAAAAAAGAAAAAAAAAGUAUCUAUUAUAUCUUUUCGGUAAUAUAUACAAUAUACAUAUGAUAUUAUAACUAACAAAAUUCCACUUUACAAAGUGCAAUAGACUUUAACAACUGUAUAUGCACGGCGUGGAAAUCAAAGCUUUGUGGCAAUAAAAAUUUAUCACCAUGGUCAAAAAAGAAUCGCCACACAGGAAAAAGUUAUCGCCAAAAAUUUCGCCAGACUCAAUAUUUUAUUGCCAAAAAUAUAUUUUUAUCGCAAUUGGCGGAAAUGGCGAACGACAGCGUGAGCGCUGGUUAUAAUACAGAAAUAGUUUGACCUAAAUUAUGGACUGAUUUAUUAAUCUUAUUAAAAAAAAAUUUGUUGGAGAUAUCACUUUGAUGAAAGCAGACUUUACAUAAAGCUAUUUCAUACCGACGUCAGAUCAUGUGUUGUGAUGAUAUGUUCAAUGAAAAAUGAUGUAUUAUUCACAUUAUGUUCAGUGAAAGUAAGAAAGAAAGUGGUGUUUAUUUUAUUUCAUGAAUUAAAUUAUACUAUUUCAUGCUAUGUCAGUUCAUAACAUCUCCAUGCUAAGCCUUUUAGACAAUAGUUUGACAUACUAUAAUUCAUCUAUUUUCACUGAUAUUCUGUAAUAUAAUAUAAUAUAAACACCAGAGAGUUAAUUAAUCUCAGGUUUUGUAGCUUAUUUAUCCCAUACAAUAGACAUGCAAAAGAUCAUUUUAUGUAGCAAAUAAGAUACAUGCAUUUUAUUAGCGAUCAUUUUGUAUGUGAAAGGCUUUAUAUUCCAUGAUGGAAAUAAUGUGGUUAGCUUUUUUGUCAUGUGUUUAUUUAAAGAUACAUUAUGGGAGAUUAGAUAAAGAGCUGGCAGUUCUCACUAUAAUAGUUAAAAACUAGAUAAUGUAAAGGCAAUUUGCUGAAAAUUUCAGUCAAAUUGAUCCACUAUGAACUGAGAAUUAAGCGAUUGAAAUUUUAAUUCUGAUGAAAGGCCAUAAGAAAGAGUUUUACAAUAUUGGACUGUUUUGCAUAAUAGAUUAAAGCUAAUGAUCGUCAUUUGAGGGAUUUUGAAUCCCUUGCAAGCUAUAAUAUUGUGAAAGUCAAAUAGCUGUAAGGAAUAUCAAUCUAAAAAUGGUUCAAUUCCAUUCAGUCUUGAUGAAGAUAUGAUGAAUUGAAAAUUUUGAAACACUCUGCAGACAAUAUAAACAAACCAGUGCUCUCUUUUAAUGUGACUUUUUAAAAUCCAAUUGAAUCUAAGCUGGGAGAUUGAUUACCCUUCAUAUUUAAAUUUUGUUAAACGUUAAAUAAUAGAUUAAGCUGGGAACAAUUAGAUAUUGUCUGGGAAAUGCAAAAUGAUAAUCAGCGGCUUUAUUAAUCUUCUUGUGCAAUACUUUUAAAUCCAAACAUUUUCUCUCUGUCUCUAAUUAGUGGUAUAUGCAUUUAUAACCAGUUUGCUGAUCAUAAUAAUGUAGCUAAAUCAUUGUGAUCCUUUAUUUUACUGUUGUUGUUUUUUUUCUUGUCUACUCAGAUUUCAAUUAGGUAAAUACAAUAAAACCAUUGUUGAUGAAAAUAA